GAGGCCAAGGUGUUGGUCUCAGCCCGCACAUAUUCUUGCUUCCCGAGCCAUCAUCUUCCCCCACCCUUUGCCACCUGUACGCCCUGAUUCGCCCAUCUGCCUAAUUUCCACUGGAAGCCCUUCGGCCAUAGUGGUACCUCGAACGCCACGUACCAGCCCUGAGGCUGAAGGCUGAGGGCUUCAGGCACAAGGUGGUGGGAGUACAGGCAAAGGCACUGCCUCAUCGGCCCGCCCAGGCCGAGAGCAUCGGUCAGGAGACAGUGGAUCACCCCACUCUCGUCUGCAGCCAACCUGACCCCUAUCACCACUUAUGUCCAUACCUUCUGUCAGGAUGACCACGAUGAUAGACUGGAAUUGGAUCAAGAUGGUCCUCAUAGGACCUGCACCGCCACCUCCCCUGGACGCAGUACCCCCGCCUCACGGCGCUCUACGAGGUUUUGGUCUUGCGAGCUUCAUCCUGCUCCUCCUCGUCAUCUGUUCCAUGACUCUCCCCUCCCAAGGCAAAGCAUGGAUUCGUCUGACACUUCUACCAGGGAUCCUCUACCUCAGCCUUGCCCUAUCUUGUAAGCCAGAGCUAGGCAGCUUUGGCUCGCUGCUAUUGGACUGCUUCUGGCCACUGCUGGGAUGGAAUCUCAUCGCAAAGGCUGUAGAUGUUUGUAUUUGUGGGACUUUUGUAGAUCGGGAAGGUGCAGAGAAGAGUCCGAGGUGGAUUGUGCCCAAGAGCCAGGCUGGUACAUGGGAGGGCGCUGUUAAGCUGGAUCUGAAGGGCCAAAGCGCUGAGACUAGAGACGGCGAAAAGAGGGAGGCGAAGAUGAAUGGUCACGCCUCGGAUGAGCCUAAAGCUACGACUUCCCCUGUCUACGGAGACAUCGAAGCGGAAUGGUACGCUGUGCCACACUCGCAGCACUUCUUCUCUCUCCGUAGAUUGCUGUGGGCCUGCGACCACCUAUUCUUGCUCCGUCCUCACACCUCCUGGAUCUUGCCUACAGAACAGCGAGCGCUCGAGUGGGCGCACAAGGACCUCGUCAGAGCAGCGUUAGACCCCUCGUCAUCUCGGUACGGCAAGCCCGAGGAUCAAAGCAUCUUCUCCGUAAUCGGCAAGGUAUCUCUCAUGACGGCGUGCCUCCUCAACGAACGCCUCUUACUCGUCCCGCCCGGACCUGCCUUCUACUCGAUGCCUGUUCUGGUGCAGGCCUUUAACGUCCUCUUCUACGGCGCACUAAUUUGCCUCAGCAAUGGGCCUAUCGAGUACUUUGCUUUCCCUCUCCUCAGACGCGUGCUGCCAGUCAGCGCUCUGUUGCCAAUGAUGAAUCAGCCUCUGCUCGCAAAGGGCCCUGCUGAAUUCUGGGGAAAGAGGUGGCACGCAAUGGUGCGCCGCUCUUCCUGGCGCUUAAGCCGCCUUUUUCCCGGAGGUCGUCACCCGGUAGGCAACAAGUUGUGGGCAUUCGUCAUCACAGGCAGCAUGCACAGCAUUAUCCUAGCCCGUUGGCUACCUCCACCUCCCACUGUGUGGUAUGUUCUGGUGCUGCUACUCGUGCCUGGGCCGAUGGCCUUCUUUGUCGGACAGGGUGUGCUGGUCGCUCUGGAGCUCGCAUUAUUGGGACCGCUGCCGAGCGGUGCAAAGGGUCAGCAGGGAGAAAGAUGGACCAAGACGCUGGCGAGGAGAGCGCUGACGUGGGGAGGCAUUCUUGUCACUUGUCGGUACUUCGUUGGGGCGAUAGCAGCUACGGGCAUGCAUACGGCGGCACAAAGAUCUCAUGGCUUUGGGAAGGACUGAUAGACGAGAAUCCAUUUACAUGACUAGCGAUGUUCACUUUCAUAGAAAUGAUAUAGAGCACACGAUUCAAGUGACGAUCAGACCCCCUGGAAGAGUGCGACUUGUAGAUCCGCCAAGAGUGAUUACCUCGGGAAAGUGUUGCUUUCGGCGCUUUUUUUUUUGGGUGUGGCUGGCUGCGUGGGG